UCUCUCUCUCCAAAUUUCAAAACUCCAAAACCCUAACCACCGUCGCUGCCAUGACAGCUGUCCCGCCGCCGUCCUCCGGCCGAGAGCUCACCAAUCCCCCCACCGACGGCGUCUCCAACCUCCGCUUCUCCAACCACAGCGAUCACCUCCUCGUCUCCUCCUGGGACAAGACCGUCCGGUUGUACGACGCCACCGCCAAUGUGCUCCGCGGAGAGUUCACUCACGGCAGCCCCGUCCUCGAUUGCUGCUUCCACGACGACUCCUCCGGCUUCAGCGCCAGCGCCGACAACACCGUCCGCCGCUUCGUCUUCAAUUCCAAUAAGGAUGAUAUAAUAGGGAAGCACGACCAACCGGUCCGCUGCGUUGAGUACUCGUACGCCGCAGGGCAACUGAUCACCGGUAGUUGGGAUAAGACGCUUAAGUGUUGGGAUCCUAGAGGUGCAAAUGGACAAGAGCGUACUCUUAUUGGGACUUAUGCACAGCCGGAGCGUGUUUACUCUCUCUCUCUGGUUGGGAAUCGUUUAGUGGUUGCAACUGCUGGAAGACAUGUGAAUGUCUACGAUUUGAGAAAUAUGUCGCAGCCUGAGCAGCGGAGGGAAUCUUCGUUGAAGUAUCAGACUCGGUGCGUGCGGUGCUAUCCUAAUGGAACAGGUUACGCUCUCAGUUCUGUUGAAGGACGGGUUGCAAUGGAAUUCUUUGAUCUCUCAGAGGCCAGUCAAACAAAAAAAUACGCAUUCAAGUGUCAUAGAAAAUCAGAGGCAGGAAGGGACAUUGUAUAUCCAGUAAAUGCAAUUGCAUUUCACCCCAUAUACGGUACUUUUGCUACCGGAGGUUGUGAUGGUUAUGUGAAUGUAUGGGAUGGGAACAACAAAAAGCGGCUUUAUCAGUACUCCAAGUAUCCAACAAGCAUUGCAGCUCUUUCUUUUAGCAGAGACGGCCACCUAUUGGCUGUGGCUUCAAGUUACACAUUUGAGGAGGGAGAAAAACCCCAUGAGCCAGAUGCAAUCUUUGUUCGUAAUGUCAAUGAGAUAGAGGUCAAGCCAAAGCCAAAAGUCUACCCCAAUGCGCCAGCAUAACUGAAGAAGUUGAAGCCAUUGAAAGAAGAUGAAAUUGUAGAAUCGUGCUUUCAAUUUUAGUUUUUUUUUUUUGGUCCGAAGCUUUCGGUUUUAGUUGCUUUGAACAUAUGAGGUCUGUUUGGCGUUGUAAGGUUCUUGUCAUGUAAUGCUGAACUGCCGAUGGUUAGUGAGAGUUGGGUCAUGUGCACGUGCAAAAACUUUCCUCACCUUUAGAACUUAGAAAAUGUGGUACCUAUGCGCCAUGUAUCGUGAUUUAUAUGUUUUCA